CUGGUGGAAGGUGUCCCUGCCGUGGCUGGAACGAGAUGAGCUUGAAGGUCGCUUCCAACCCAUGGCGUUCUAUCAUUCCGUGAAUCCCUGAAAACCCCGCAUAGCCCCGGUUACACCUACGGCUUCCUCAAAUCACUUAACAGCGUCUCUUACUUUCCGGUGUACCCUCCGCGGGAAGAAAACGCAUCUCACAUUAUUUUAGCGCCACAAGUCGCUCGGAAUGGCGUGAUCUCCAAGGCGCUUCCCAACCCGAGCCAUUCCCGGGUCCCCCGUUCCGGCCCCUGCGCCGUUUGCGCACGGCAGGGACGCAGAGUGCGUACGCCAAGAGCGUAGCGGGGGCGCAGGGCGGGGGCGCGCGGCCCCGCCCCCGGCCCUCCCGCAUGACGGUGCGGGUUCUGCCGGAGCCAUGAGCUACGACCGCGCCAUCACCGUCUUCUCCCCGGACGGCCACCUUUUCCAGGUGGAGUACGCGCAGGAGGCCGUGAAGAAGGGCUCCACCGCGGUUGGAGUAAGAGGGAAGGAUAUUGUUGUCCUUGGUGUGGAGAAGAAGUCUGUGGCAAAACUCCAGGAUGAAAGAACUGUACGGAAAAUCUGUGCUCUGGAUGACAAUGUCUGCAUGGCUUUUGCAGGGCUGACAGCUGAUGCCAGGAUAGUCAUAAACAGAGCCCGUGUGGAGUGUCAGAGCCACAGGCUCACCGUGGAGGACCCUGUCACCGUGGAGUACAUCACACGCUACAUUGCCAGCCUCAAACAGAGGUACACGCAGAGCAAUGGCCGCAGGCCCUUCGGGAUCUCUGCCCUCAUCGUGGGCUUUGACUUUGAUGGGACCCCACGGCUGUACCAGACCGACCCCUCUGGCACAUACCAUGCUUGGAAGGCUAAUGCCAUUGGCAGAGGAGCCAAAUCUGUGCGUGAGUUCCUGGAGAAGAACUACACUGAUGAGGCCAUUGAAACGGAUGAUCUGACUAUUAAACUUGUCAUCAAGGCUCUUCUCGAGGUGGUGCAGUCUGGUGGGAAGAACAUCGAGCUGGCGGUCAUGCGACGGGAGCAGCCGCUGAAGAUCCUAAACCCUGAAGAAAUUGAGAAGUAUGUUGCUGAAAUUGAAAAGGAAAAGGAAGAAAACGAAAAGAAAAAACAAAAGAAAACAUCAUGAUGAAUGAAAUGCAACCGCUUAGCUGCUUGUUUUUAAUUCGAGUGAUGGGUUUUUCUGUAUAGACAUGUAGGCAUUGCACUUACUCAUACUGUGCCCUCUUGAGACCUACAAUAAACCUACUGAUUUUUUUUUAAAGCUGUUAUUUAAAAAAAAUCUGUCUGUUCCUUGGAUUUUAAUUACCCAGGAUGAUUUGCUUGGCUACAGAACAGCAGCAGUGACCCAUUAAAGGACAGAGACUUUGCUUGCA